AUGGUCGCUGCACACCCUCUCCCUGAAGGCUUCACUGAAAUAGAAGUGUUUGCCAUUGGCACUGCCCUGCUGGUAGAAGCCCUGCUUGGUUUCUGUCUGAAUGGCUUGACAAUUAUUUCUUUCCGCAAAAUCAAAGAGCUGCGGACGCCGAGCAAUCUGCUGGUGCUCAGCAUCGCCCUGGCCGACUGCGGGAUUUGCAUCAACGCCUUCAUCGCUGCCUUCUCCAGCUUCCUCAGAUACUGGCCCUAUGGCUCUGAUGGCUGUCAAAUCCAUGGAUUCCAUGGCUUCCUGACAGCCCUGGCCAGCAUUAGCUCCAGUGCUGCCGUGGCCUGGGACCGAUACCAUCACUACUGUACAAGGAGCAGGCUACAGUGGAGCACAGCUGCCUCCAUGAUGGUGUUUGCAUGGCUGUUUGCUGCCUUCUGGUCCGUGAUGCCCUUGCUGGGCUGGGGAGAAUACGACUACGAACCCCUCCGAACCUGCUGCACCCUGGACUACAGCAAAGGGGACAGAAACUAUGUCACAUUCCUUUUUGCUCUGUCCACUUUUAAUUUCAUGAUCCCAGGCUUCAUCAUGCUGACAGCCUAUCAGUCCAUACACCAAAAGUUCAGGAAAACUGGGAACUUUAAGUUUAACACUGGUUUGCCACUGAAGACACUGGUCAUUUGCUGGGGUCCCUACUGCCUCCUGUGCUCCUAUGCAGCAGUGGAAAAUGUGAUGUUCAUUCCACCAAAAUACCGCAUGAUUCCUGCUCUUGUUGCCAAGACUGUGCCAACGGUGGAUGCCUUCGUAUAUGCCCUGGGAAAUGAAAACUACAGAGGAGGAAUAUGGCAGUUCCUCACAGGACAGAAGAUUGAGAAAGCAGAGGUUGAUAACAAAACUAAAUAACCCAUUAUGGUAUUAAACAAAAUUACUGCAGGUACAUCACUGAAAGCAAAAUUCAAGAGAAAACUGAAUGCAUUCUCUGAUAUGUAUGUGCAAAGGUGGUUCCACAUUGGAAAGGCUGUGCAUUGGCUGCAAACAAUGAAAUAUGGAAAGAAAGCCCUUGAGAUAACUGUCCAAACCAUCAUGAGCUGCUUGUCAAACAAGCUGCCUUA